AUGUUGCGAAUCUUCAUCCUCUCAGUGCUUGCACUCAUCCCCGUCGUACAGGCUCAAUGUGGCUCGGGUACGCCAGACGCCAGGGUCACGGGCUCAGGUAGCACCUUCACAGCCACUCGAGGCUCCACCAACGUGUACACUGGGUCCGACUACCGUGCUGCGAUUCAAGCUGCUCUCGACUCCAUCAGCAGCGGCCAGCGUGUUUCCGUUAUCGCAUCGGGCUCCAUUGGUGCCAACACCAUCACCAUCAGCAGUGGCAAGAUCUUCGAGGGCUGCGGUACCAUCAAUGUUGGCAACAAGUCUGGACGCGGUGCCAUCGAGUCCACCAACACCCAAAAUGUUCAAAUCCCUUACCUCACAAUGACGGGCAACCCCUACUUCGGUCUCCGAUUCUCUGGAACAUCAGGUUUGAACCUGGGAACGAUCACCAUGAACCUCAGCGGUGGCUUGGGCAUCCGCUUCGACCGUGACGCUGCAGCAAACUCCAACGUAAAGAUGGGAACCAUCACCGUGACUGGUGCCGGGAGCCACGCGGUCGAGACAUGGAACAUCAACGGUCUUGAGAUUGGCUCCGUCAUCGCGCGCAACGUUGGCGAGUCCGGUUUGCUACUCCAGAAAACCACCAAUGCGAAUGUCGGGCUCGUCGACGGUAACAACGUUGGCGCAGGCACUGGCUACGCCACCUUCCGUAUGGCAAACAACAACGGCCAACUAUCCAACGGCGCCUACACCACCAACGUUCGCGUUAACAAGGUCGUCUCCCGCGGAGGCGGCCGUGGUGUCUUCUGCGUCUCGCAGUCUGGAGGUGUUGAGAUUACCACUGUCGACCUCGCAAAUAAUGGCAACAAUGCUAUCCUCAUCGAAAAUUGCUAUGGCGUCAACAUUCGUGGUGGUACUGUCAACGGGGGAGGAGAGGUUCGUAUCUCAGCUCGCAGCGAGUUUCCCAACACCCGCGAUAUCUCGAUCACCCUAAGGGUAGACGGUACUACCGUCCGUGAAUCACCCUGUGGAGAUAACACUACCUGGAACCUCUCAGGCAAUGGCGGCAGAACUAUCUGCUAA